AUGUACAGCAAAGAUUCGUUGGCAUUGGUAUGUUUUUUGAUUUUAUAUGAGUUGUUAUAGCUAUUGGGGUAUAUGGGUCAUGGAUAAUAUAGCUUUUUACAAAGAAAGUAAUGCUCUUCGUAAAUUUUUAGGGUUAAAUUGAUGUGAUUAGAUGUGAAAUUAAUUUUUUUAUUGUUUUUACUACAUUUUGGUAAUAAAAAAGUUUGUAUAAUAAAGAGAUAAAGGGCUUGUGCCUUGGAUAAUAUAAAUUUUGAUCGAAAAAACUUAUUUCUCAAAAUUUUUAGCCAUACUUGAUUGAAGUUGAUAAACUAUGAUAUUUUCUAUGUUUUUACAAAUAUUCAGCUUUAAAAUAAGCCUAAAAUCUUCAUGUUUUAGGCAUUUAUCGCGCUGUUCUACUCGAUUGGAGUUGUGUCGUUUUGGUUGAGUGUCAGAUUGAUUGGUCAUGGUGUUGAAGUGGAAAUGAGUGAUGAAGAUGAAGAAGAGGAUCAUAUUCACAAUUACUUGCCAAGCACGUUUGUCAAGCUAGACUCGGUCGAGAGUAUCGACCGGAUCAAGGGGAACGUCCGCUAUGCGCCGGUUCGGUAAGAACUUUGUUUCCAAACGCAAAAACGAGUUUUUAAAAAAUUUUGAAAUUUGUUUAGGUAAUUGAAAAGUCUUUUUUGAACAUAAUUUUGAAUUAUUUUGAAUUAUUUAUAAAGUUGUUUUUGAAAUAUGAUUGAAAGUCUAGAGUGUACCUACUACAAUACGCUGCAAAUCCUCAAAAAUACAAUUUUCCGCAAAAACUUUGUUUACAAAGCCAAAUUUUUUAAAAAUUUUUACAAUUUAUGUUCAUUUUUAGACAACUGGAAGAAGAAGUAGAUUUGAGCCGGUCCCGAAUCUUUGGUCCAUCCGAAUCUUCAUCGUCAAUGACCUCUCCAGAUGUUUUCGCCAAAUCUCAGGGUACUUUGUAG